AUCACUUGUGUAUUACUAAUUCAACUCAUCAUUUAAUUACUUUUUUAUUAUAUAUCUAUUUAUAUAUGUCAUUUCCCUCACACACACACACUAUAAUACUCUACUUGUAUAAACUCUAUUUGAAUAUAUAAAUAUAUAAUUGUAUGUAUGUAUGAUGGAGGGAAUUGAGGUGACGGCGUUGGAAUCGUUAGGGUUAGGGUUUGAUAUCGCGAGUGAUUUCCGGCUAAAGUUUGCGAAAGGAUGCCCGGAUGGCGGUGGACGGCUGGUGAAGAUUGAUGAAUCUAAUGAUAGAGACAUUGUUAUUCCUGCAGCAGCAGGUGGUUCCAGUGUUGUUGUUUCAGGUGUUUCUCAAGAUAUUCGUUGCGAUAAAGGCGAUCGUAUUCGCUUCAAAUCCGAUGUCUUGGAAUUCAAUAAGAUGUCAGAAUUACUUAAUCAAAAAUCAUCAAUACAAGGAAAAGUACCAUCAGGCUACUUUAAUGCGUUAUUUGAUCUAAGUGGAGCAUGGUUAAAUGAUAUCUCAGACGCAAAAUAUAUUGCUUUUGAUGGAUACUUUAUCUCUCUGUACUAUUUGCACCUCACAGCAUCUCCACUGGUACUCCAAGAAAGUGUCAAGAAGUCUGUUCCGACUCAUUGGAAUCCAUUGUUACUAGCUAGGUUCAUUCAGACUUAUGGCACACAUAUUAUUGUAGGGAUGGCUGUUGGAGGUCAAGAUAUAAUAUGUGUUAAACAAAAACCAUCAUCCCCUAUUCCCCCCGGAGAACUUAAAAGAUAUCUGGAUGAUCUCGGAGAUAGUCUAUUUUCAGAUGGGAGGAGUCCUUCUCUGAUGGAGAGAAAAACAAAAGAUGGCAAACAAAAAAUUCCAGAUGUAUUCACUCGUAUGUUGCAGCCACAUACCAUGCAAUUCACCAACAUCACCGAAACGUCAAGCAAGGAUGGACUCACAGUUAUUGAGUGUAAAAGAGGCGGAGAUGUAUUUUCAGAAAGUCAUUCAAAAUGGCUUCAGACCGUUGGUACUAAUCCUGAAGCAAUGCUUUUUAAAUUUGUACCGAUUACUUCUCUUCUUAAUGGGGUCCCUGGUAGUGGAUAUCUUAGCCAUGCAAUCAACUUGUAUUUACGCUACAAACCUGCUCUUGAAGAUUUGCAGUGUUUCUUAGAGUUUCAAGUUCCAAGACAAUGGGCGCCUCUAUUUUGUGAGUUACCUCUUAGGCAUCAACGAAGAAAAACCUCUUGCCCUCGGCUUCAGUUUAGUUUCAUGGGUUCCAAGAUCUAUGUCAGCACGACCCAGGUUUUAAGUGAUGAUAAACCGGUCAUUGGUCUACGUUUGUUUUUGGACGGAAAGAAAAGCAACCGAUUAGCAAUGCAUGUACAACAUUUAUCCAGUCUACCGGACACCAUAACACAUAUAUCUUCCAAAUCAACCAUAAACCGCAGGUUGUCUCAAUGGCGCGGCUCUGAUGAAUAUGAAACUAGCGCCCAGUUUCUCGAACCAAUCAGAUGGAAACGGUUUUCAAAUAUAUGCUCAUCUGUAGUCAAACAUGAUCCUAACUGGUUAACUGAAGAACCAUCCGGGGGUGUCUAUAUUGUAACUGGGGCUCAGCUGGUCACCAAAGGGAAAUGGCCUAAAACUGUACUACACCUUCGGUUACUCUUCACCCACCUUCCAAACUGCACUAUCCGUAAGACAGAAUGGGCCGGUGCACCAGCAGUUGCUCGCAAGUCCAGUCUUUUCACAAACCUAAGCUCGACCUUUUCAUUCACACAGCGGUCAGUUACAAAUGCACCAAAGCAGCAGUCUGAAAUGCUUAACUCGGGUGUGUAUCCUGACAGCCCACCGGUGCCAGUCAGGUCCACAAAACUGCGAAAAUAUGUGGACAUGGAUGAGGUUGCACGGGGGCCAAACGACUCUCCUGGCCAUUGGUUGGUGACCGCGGGUAAGUUGGUGAUGGAUGGUGGUAAGAUCGGGUUGCAUGUCAAGUUUGCGUUGUUAAAUUUUGCACCGGAAUGGUAAUAAUGUGAUUCUGUAUAUAAGGUUGAUAGAGAGUGUGUGCGUGUGAGAGGCUUUUACAUGAAUUGUUUUUCUAUUUUUGACGGAAGGGUAAACUGGAGGGCUUAAUAAUUAAUUGACGGUAAUGACUCCAACUAAUGAGAUAAAACUAGUUGAUUCUUUUUUAUAAUUAGAAAUCUCAAUUAAAACGGUUGUAAAGAUGACCACCCAUAUGUAGCCAUGGCAGAACGUCUUGGCGAUGAUCAAUGGAAGACCAAAAGCAUACAAACUCGAAAAGACAUGUGUUAUAUAUAAAAAAUACAAAUAUCAAAAACCAAAAGCAUGUGGUUGCUGAUAUUUGUCAAGGCUUUAUAAUGUCUAGCAAAAAUCAGUUAGACUAACCAAAUGUUAUGAAUUACUACUGUACUUUCUUACAGUUUAUAUAUAUGUAAAGAUGACUGGUUUGAUUUUGGGAGAACACAACCAUUUGGCAUCUUAAAGGUAUAUUUGAUUGUACCGGUUUAUAUAUAUGUAAAAAUAACUGGUUUGGGAGAACACAACCAUUUGGUUUCUUAAAGAUAUUUUGAUUGUACCGAAUGUAAAAAUUUGAUUGGACCGAAUGUAAUGAGCAAGUAAAGGAAUAGCCUUCCUCCAAUGUGUUUGUUUUAUUUCUUAGAAAAAGUAAGUAUCAGUUCCGUCUUUUGCGGGUUUUUGAGCCCUAAUACUCCGACGGUAACCAGAUGUGAAAUCAUUGAUUCAAUUCAGAUCAGUUUCGAAACCAUGGAAGUCUCUCAUCGACAGCCGCGAGUUUAUUGCUGAUUACCACGCUCGUCAUUGUAAUCAUCGUCUGCUUCUCAGGUAUUAUUGUUGGCUCGGGAAAUAUGUUUCGAUUGUGGACGAUGAUGAUACAUUCCCACAACACGAGAUUUCUGUUCCAAUGUAUGUUACCGGAGUCGAAUAUUCCACUACCUCUCAAGGCUUAAUAUUCUUUUACAAAACUUGUGAAAAGUCAGUUAGUGGUUCUUCUGGAAUGCUUUUAUGGAA